CGCACGUGUUUCAGUACAUCGUGACACAAAACAUCUGCGUAGUUAAUAACGUGAUUUAAUUUCUCAAAAGAUACCAAGCGAGUUAGUCGUGUAUUUUAUAUUUGUAUUUGUGUGCUGAAAUAUAACAUUUCAUUUUUAUAUUUCGGGAAAUUUUAAGAAUGGGAACUUUAGGUUACAUUGGACUGGCGAUGUGCGUUUUCGUGUUUGGGCGUGCAUUUUGUUCAGUUCCGAUUGAGCAAGGUUCGAGUCCCUGGCAAACCUCGUACGCUGGCAAGGACGGUUACCUGCGGAUCCAGUACUACUGCACCUUCAUCGCACCGGAUGUAGGCUUCGUUGAUCCCGGAAAGGCGACAGUGAGCGUCACCUUCGAUAGAAGCGUACACAAUAUCGAGAACUGGGAUAUGUCCAUUCUGUCCCCCUCCAGCACAAACCGGCCGGCCAAUGUGUUCCAACUGACGAACUUGUAUAGGAAGGACUUCUCUAACUUCCCAUGGUCCUUCCAUGGGAUCUGGAAAGGGUCCAUUACCAGCUGGGGUCCUCCCGUCCUCACUUCCCCUCCAGUGCCCAAGGGAACAUGCACGCUUAUGGCCGGAAACGGCCCAGUCACAACAACGUCAACGCCAGUUACAACAAAAGUGCCUACCGUUGUCACUUUAACUUCAACCCUUCCACCUCCAACUCCCGCUUCCUCAACCACCGCCACCACCUCCGGAAACCAGCCGAUGACGACGGUUCCCACAAUAGACCAGACCCCUGACUUAUGUAAGACGUACACGAAGGUGCAGACUUUCCAGUUAAAAGUUGACGCGAAAACGUAUCCGUACAACUACGUCGAGGUCCUCUGUAAGUCCAUUCUGUUCUACGAGGCACAGAGGUCUGGACGUCUACCGGCCAAUCAGCGGGUCACGUGGCGUAAAGACUCUGCUCUCAACGACGGCCAGUGGGGCUCCAUCAACAGGGAUCUGACCGGGGGCUGGUAUGACGCGGGUGAUCUAGUGAAGUACGGUCUCCCGAUGGCGUCCUCGACGACUGUGCUGUUAUGGGGAUUCCUGCAGUACCGGGGCGCGUACGACAUGGCCGGUCAGACCGAAUACAUGUACGACAGCGUCCGCUGGGCCCUCAACUACUUCCUGAAACUCUGGGACGGGCAAAACAACCGCUUCUAUGCGCAGGUUGGUGACGGGCGCAUCGAUCACAAUGUAUUUGAACGGCCAGAGGAUAUGACGUCAGAGAGACCCGUUUACUACAAUGGCGUAAACACUCCCGGAAGUGAUGUCGCUGCCGAAACUGCAUCCGCUUUGGCAAUUGGCUACCUGGUGUUUAAGGACAGGGACGCCACUUACGCCAACCAGCUGCUGAAUACGGCCAAGAAUAUCUAUGACUUCGCGUACAACUACCGUGGCUUAUACAGCAACUACAUUGCGGACGCUGCCAGGACAUAUGGAUCCGGCGGUUACGAGGACGAGUUGACCCAGGCCGGUGUUUGGCUAUAUCGUGCCACGGGCAUUCAUUCCUACCUGACACAGGCGGAGUCUUUCACUCGUAACGACUGGGCCUGGUCCUACUCCUGGGACCUUAAAGAAGUCGCCGCAAACAUCCUUUUGUACAACGUCACAACAGACAGCAACAAGAAGGCGACGUACGGAAACCACGUCCGUAACUUCCUCCGGCGCUGGUCUCCCACAGGAAAUGUUCCCUACACGCCCGGGGGACUCGUGUACAGGGAUCAAUGGGGUUCGCUGAGAUACGCCGCAAACGCCGCGUUCGCCGCUCUGCUUGCCCAGGACCUGGGAAUCAUCUCCCAGGGUGAUACCGACUCGAGAACCGCCCUCGACCCCGCGGCCCAGCUUCACUACAUCCUUGGGAACAACCCCGUUGGCCUGAGCUACGUCGUGGGAUUCGGACGCAAUUAUCCCAAGCGUCCGCAUCAUAAAUCCAGCUUCUGCGCCCCGGCCCCCGCUCCCCAGUGCACGUUCACACAGUUUAACAGCUUUGCGCCGCACUACUACCUGCUGUAUGGCGCCAUGGUCGGCGGCCCCGACAGCGCCGACCAGUACGACGACAGCCGCAUCAACUACCAGCGCUCCGAGGUCGCCUGCGACUACAACGCGGGCCUACAGUCGGCGCUGGCAGGUCUUAUCAACAGAAAAGUCCUCCGGCCAUAGAAGAUGCAACCGAAAGAUGACAGAACGCAGCCCUUCUUUACUAUACAGAUUUUUUAUCAAAAAAAUGUUUCUUAGCAAUUAACAACUUAAGCAGAUCUUAGUUUGUUGUUGUUGUUGUUAACUCUGUUUUUAGCAACCAUGCAAAUGUAUUGCUGUACGGGUAUAGAACAAAAUAAACCGUGUUACAUUUACCGAAUAUAGAAUGCAAGAAGUCGUACAAAGCAGGCGCAAAAAGAAUUUGAAGCAAUGCGUUCAUAAAUACCAUAUACCAAUGUUGACCCGCAACCACCGCCAUACACGAGUGGCGGAAUAAAUUUGCAUACGUGCCUGGAGCGCAUGUGUCGGACAAGUUGAUGGAUAAAUAGUGUGGCAAGAUUUUCAUCUCCAAACUUGUUUUCACAAUCACUAGCCUUCUUUGUGCGUUUCUAUUUUCUUAGUUGGGUCUCUUAGAUGGUUGUUAACUGAAUUCGUUCUCAUUCAGAUGUAAAGAUAAAAUGCGGCUAAAAUUGUUCUAAAAACACAUAUCCCGUUCCUAAGUCAUUACUGUUUAAUGUUAUUAAUUUUUAUUGACGAUCGUACAAAACUAUUAAAAUGCACGAAGUAUAUCUUUAAAAAGUAUAUUUCUUGUUUACGGAUGGCCCGAUUUUAUUUCGAACGUCGUGACUAGUUCAUUUGAGCUCACUUAAUAAAUAUGUUAAGGCGAAGAACACUUGGAUACUAAAUACAAGGAAAUGCGUUCGGCAUUUGUAUACAUUUACAAAUAGUAAAAACAAAAACGUCUGUCGAAAUUAAAAUGAAAACCACACAGAGGAAUACAUGUGCAAAUAAAAUGAUUUAAUAUAACUCCUGAAUAGAUUACUUUAACAAUGUUUAUGCCCCCGGAUCGAAUGAUCGGGGGUAUAUUGUUUUUGGCCUGUCUGUCUGUCAUUCUGUCACGCUGUAAUUAUGUCACUCUGUCCCCAAACUUAAACCUUGGUCAUAACUUUUGCAAUAUUGAAGAUAGCAACUUGAUUUUCGGCUCGCAUGUGUAUCUCAUGGAGCUGCACAUUUUGAGUGAUGAAAGGUCAAGGUCAUCCUUCAAGGUCAAAGGUAAAAUAUAUGGCUUCAAAGCGGCGCAGUAGGGGGCUUUGUGUUUCUUGUUCUGUUUUAAUAUGUCUUGAAGAAAAUCUGUGUAUAAAAACAACUAAACUACUAAAUGUACCCCACCAUCUUCUUAAAAUGUAGCAUUCAUGUCAUUUUAAUAACUUUAUUACAACACUCGAUAUUUUGAUUACUUCUGACAACAAAUAUGCAACACGUAUAGCCUCUUAAACCGUGGGGAUGUUAGAAGACGGUCACAUAUGGAAGCAAUAAGUGAAAAUGUAUGUUAUAUUGAGUAUUCAAACAAAAUGUCCUAAAGCGUGUCUCUUCAUGAAAAUAUAUCGUUCUUUAAAUAACAAGCAAGGAGAUUACAAUUUGAACGUUUUGUAGAAUCAGAAACGAAACCUUUGAUCAUCAUCAUCAUCGUCAUCAUCAUCAUCAUCCUCCGCCUCCUCCUCAUCAUAGUGAUCAUCAUCAUCAGCAACACCAUCAUCAUCAUCAUCAUCAACAUUAUCAUCCUCACCAUGAUCAUCAUCAUCAUCAACAUUAUCAUCCUCCUCCUCCUCAUCAUCAUUCCCUUAUACAGGUAAAAUGUCGUCCCAGAUAAGCCUGUGCAGGGACAACACUUUCUGCUUAAACUUGAUUUUUGCUUAGACGAGACUGACUUGAAACAAAACAUGUCAUAAGAGCGGAAUGUGUUGUCCCUAAGCACAGGCUAAUCUGGGAGGACACUUGAUGCACGUGCAUUAAACCCGUAUUUCACUGAGCACAGCACAUAUUUAUUCCUGUGUAUUAACGGAUUCAGAUUGAAAUAAAGUGAUUGUAAACAAGUA